AUGCAGAUAAGCACGUUUCAAAGCUAUACUAGCGUUCAUAGAAAGGAAUGCAUGAAACAAGUGGAUGUGCGAAUCAUAACACCAGCUCAGCAGAGUUGUGAAGACUGCCAUCAUGUGUUUGGAGAAUAUUACUGCAGCAUCUGCCACCUGUUCGACACAGACAAGAAGCAGUACCACUGUGAGAAGUGUGGGAUUUGUAGGAUUGGUCCCAAAGACGAAUUCUUCCACUGUUCCAAAUGUAACUUGUGUUUGGCUCUGACUCUCCAAGGGAAUCACAAGUGCAUUGAAAAUGUCUCAAGGCAAGAUUGUCCCAUAUGUUUGGAGGACAUUCAUACCUCACGUGUGGGCGCUCACGUCCUGCCCUGUGGACAUCUUCUUCAUCGAACUUGUUACGAAGACAUGCUAAAAGAAGGUUAUAGAUGCCCUUUGUGUAUGCAUUCGGCGUUGGAUAUGACCCGAUACUGGCAGCAACUGGACAGCGAAGUAGCCCAGACACCGAUGCCCUUGGAGUACCAGAACAUGAUGGUGGAGAUCCUUUGCAACGACUGCACUUCUCGAUCCACGGUGCGGUUCCAUAUUCUGGGCAUGAAGUGCAAAAACUGUGACUCGUAUAACACAGCCCAGGAUGGAAGCUCUCGAGUCUCAUGGCCCAGCAGCCGCUGAGACUGGCCGUGGAGGCCGCA